AUGUCUUGGUUUUCGAUCCUACCAGAGCCCUUUGUGUUUGUCGAAACCUGGGUUGUUCGCUUCUUUCUUUUCCUGGGUAUUCUGUCAAUAGGCCCUUGGGCCCUCCUCAUAAUCUACGAUGCGAUCCUCUAUGUAUUCCGCACAGCGACAUACGAGAUACCAUACAUUGGCGGAAGAGCAAGGCACAGGCCUCGACCAAGAGCCCCCAGCUUAAGUGAAAGGCCCAGUGGUUAUCCUCGCAGGUUCAGUCUGACUCUUUCAGGAGUGCCUACGCCAGCAGAAGCAAUAGACACGGUGAGCGUGUUGCAGAAAAGAAAGGAGAAAUCAGGAUAUGAGAGAGACGGCAGCGCUGCAGAAUGA